CGAAGAGAAGGUGGAGGAGCGAGAGCGAAAGACGAGCGACGAGCGCAAGGGCAACGUCGGAAAGCAGCGCGAACGUGCGGAAGAGUGGCAGUGUGUGUCGGCGUAGAGCGAGCGAGCGAGCGAGCGAGCGGACGAGCUAGGCGAGCGUGAGCAGUGGUGGUGGUUGGCGACUGGUGCCGUAGACGGACGGACGGACGGACGGUCGGUCGGUCGGUCGGUCGGUCGUUCGUUCGGUCGGUCGGUCGGUCGGUUUGGCGGUCGGGCCGUGAUUGUGUGAAGAGGAACGGAGGAAGGGAAAAGGAAAAAAGGAGGAGGAGGUGGUGGCGGAGGAGGCGGAGGAAGUGCAAAAUUUGCGGUGUACUGUGUGCUGGCCACGGUGUGAAAGAAGAUAGUUCGGUUUUUGUGUGGGGUUCAAGCUCGUUGGCGGCGGUCUCAAGAGGGAAGAUUGUAUCGUCAUAUCUGAGAGGGUUCUCGCGCGCGCCUACGCGGACUGGAGCACCGAGGGAUUUCCUACUUUUCUUCCCCUCCCCCGAGUAUAUUUCAUCUUUCCUCUGUCUCUCUCUCUCACACAUUCUCUCUCUCCCUCUCUCUCGCACUCUCUGACCGCCGGGGGCCCGUCGCUCGGAAGACGUGAGGGGACGACGACGCGUGGAAAUCUAACCAAAAGAGGAACGUGUCACGAGGAAGCGCGAUGUCCGACCGGGAGAGCCUGGACGAUCAGCCGCAAAAAUAUGGGAACCCAGGAGGUUUGGAUGCUGGAGGUGCUGACUUUGAUUCCGGUCAGCAAGGCCAGCAGAGUGAGCAGGAACUGGCGACGAAAAUGUUGCAAAUUCAAAGUAAAAGAUUCUACCUUGAUGUAAAACAAAACAGACGUGGGAGAUUUAUCAAAGUGGCCGAGAUUGGAGCGGAUGGGAGAAGAAGCCAAAUUUACCUGGCACUCAGUACAGCAUCCGAGUUUCGGGACCAUCUGUCGACAUUUAGCGAUUUUUAUGCAUCUUUAGGUCCACCAAAUCCGGAAAACGUGCCAGAUGACGGAAAACUCAAGUCAGAAAUGAUGGUGAAGGAUAAUAGACGAUAUUACUUGGACCUCAAGGAGAAUUCUCGCGGCCGUUUCCUGCGGGUGAGUCACCCUGUGUCACAAACGAUAACACGAGGUGGACCCAGGACUCAGAUUGCAAUACCAGCGCAAGGCAUGAUAGAGUUUCGUGACGCAUUAACAGAUCUUCUUGAGGAAUUUGGGACGGACGACGGGGGCUUUAAAGGCGAUUUGCCGGAGGGUCGUUAUAUGCGUGUGGAUAGCAAGAAUUUCUAUUUUGAUAUCGGCCAGAACAAUCGUGGCAUCUAUAUGAGAAUUUCUGAGGUGAAGACGAACUUUAGGACAGCCAUCACCGUACCAGAGAAAUCCUGGGCACGUUUCCGUGAUAUCUUCGCAGAUUACUGCGAGAAGAUGAAGGAAGGCGGCGGUGGCGGUGUCAGCAGCAGCAGCAGCGGCGGCGGCGGUGGUGGUGGCGGAGGAAACGUAUUGUCCGAGGGGAAAGGCUCGGUGGUGGCGCAGGUACCAUCGCCAUCCUCGAAUACGCAGCCUAAUCCCAAUCCAAAUCUAGACUCACCCUUAAUCAAGUGAAAAAGGCUUUAACUUAACUUGAACAUUUGGGAAUUAUAAACUCGUAAACUCGUUUUCAAGUCAUUAAGCGAAGUAACGGAACUUGUCAGAGUAUAUUGCCAUCGUCGUCAUCGUCACAUUAUUCAUCGGCUAUGACAUCGACACACACGGCCAUCGGCAUUAUCAUCAGUAUGAUCAUCGCCAUCGCCGAGUCAUUGCUAUCGUCACGUCACAUCGUCGCAUCACACUUGCCAUUAAGCGCAAACACCAAAACUCGCCUGAAAUAUGACUACUGUAUCGCGGAGAGUAUCGACCGAUUGUUGAGUAUAUUCAUAUAACCACAGAUUUGAUAAAAAGAGGGGAAAAACCAAGGAAGAAAACGAAAAGUGUGAGACACGUGACAUGGUUAUUAACAUGAUUGUUGGCACGCAAGGAUAAGGAAAGAAGAGCAGAUUAGAUGAUGAUGACGAUGCGUGGGUGUGCGUGUGCGUGCGCAUGUUGUGUGUGUGUAUGUGUGUGUGGACGUGCGUGCGCGCUUGUGCGCGCGCGCGUGUGCACGGAGGGAAAAUGGAGUCACUGCCGCUCGUGCGACUAACACAGGCAUAGAUAACACACAAAGAAAAAAAGAAAAAAAAAGACAAAAAUACGCAACAAUGCGAAAUCGAGAGUAUAAUAAAUAAAUCGAGCGAUAUCUUUUUAGGCAAACGCGAGUUGCCAUUGAUUAACGUUAUGAGUACUACCGUUCAUUUCCUGAAUUUUCACGUAGACACUCCGUUUGUUUGAUUGAAUUUUAAUUCUCCUGUCGGGUACAAUCUUUUAAAUUUUCGGGCGUUCCUUUUUUUUCGGAUAAUCGUACACGUUUCGCAUCUCGCGCGUGUAAGUUCGAACGGGCGAGAAUCUCGAACGGGAAAUGGACUGUAGUGUAGAUCACGUUACAAUUGAAUUUGAUCGUUCAGAAUUUAUGAAUAAAUAGUUGUUAUAUUAACGAUUAUAUCAUGAGUAAGUAAGAGGAAAACAUAUGGGUUGUCGCGAGGAGAAAAUGAUAAGAAUAAAGGUCUAUUAUAUCUAUGUAGACAGUACGUACAUCUCUCUUCAAUUUAACUGAAAAGAAGAAAAUUCUCACAAGUUCACUGUAGUUUCGGUGAACACUUGUCGCGGAAAUAUCGUAAAUUGGAUGUAGAUAAGGUAAUGCUGACGUGCGACUCUGUUACGUUUGUUCGACGGUGAGAGUGCGAUUUAUUACCAUGGUAAUAAAUUAAGUUGAACAGAAUGUAUACAUGAGACAAAAAGGAUAAGGAUAAGGGAUAUUUGUGUCUUUUAUUCGGAUAUUUAUAUGUUUACUGUCUGCACCACGCAACAUCGUGCAUUAAUUUAAAAGCUGAACGACAUCUCUAUUAAAAUUAAUGAAAUAUAUAUAUAUAUAUAUAAAACAUAGAUGAAAGAGGGGGAGGGAGGGGAGGAGAGAGAGAACGAAAACGGAAACGAUGCUAAACCAA